AUGCGUUUCUCCCUGACAACCAUUACCAUUGCUCUUCUUGGCUCUGCCAUGGCUCUGCCGAGCUCAGAGGUCAACCAUGUAGAGGAGCGCGCGGCCGUGAGUGCAGUUCCUAGAGACUCUUGCAAUGUGGUGGUGAAUUCGAUUACUGCGCUUCAGACGCAGACUGCUGCAGUGGUUAUGCUUGCUACACUAAAGGUAGCGUAUGUGUCCAGUAAGACACAAAUGAGUUCUGCAGCAUGCGGGGAAAUCGAUGAGCUGAGGGCGAGAAAAGGAAACAUCUCCAGGCUACCAGACUAG